AUGUCUGAUGAUAAAAAGGUUGCUACAUUAUCGUUGAAAGUGAUGAUCAAUAAAGAGAGAACUAAGGUAUUCUUCGCAGAAGCUGACAGCCAUUUUGCAGACAUUUUGUUUAGCUUCUUGAGUUUGCCGUUGGGAAGAAUUGUGAAAGUCCUUGAGAAGCACUAUGGAGACGACGAGGCGCCUACCAUUGGAAGCUUAAGCAGUUUGUACCGUAGCGUAGUAGAUCUCGACAGUGCCCAUUUCUGGACAGAUGGGGCUAAGCAGACUCUUCUCGAUCCAACAAGUUCAUCCGAAGCUGAAUACCAAAGGCUCAAACUCGACAUCACUGAUUUUCAGCCUGCUAAAUAUUUCUGUUGUAAUAGAUAUGAUCCCAUCUAUCACUCUCGGUGUACUAGAUUUCGUAGCGUAAGCAUCUACUAUGAUCACAUCAAGAGGUGCAAAGUUUGCUCAAUUGAUGGUGCUAUGAAAAUAGAAGUAGUUAAGAAAGGAUCUGAAGCUGCUGCAUCUAGAGAUGGAGUUUUCACCAUGAAUACAUCAUCUUUCAUAAUCUCUGAUGAUCUCAACAUAUUUCCAAAUGAGACAGGACUCUUAGGCAAAUCAAAGUGGAUUUGGGCUUUAGUGAGGUAA